CUACGUUUCGGAGAGCAAAAGUUCGGACAGCGCCCUAGAGUCUCCCUAGUCUCCUCCAUUAUCUAGUAUUGCGCGUGCGCGUAUACUGACACCACGUCAUUCAAAACAUUUUCUUGCCACUGCCUACAACUUCUUAUGAUAUGUACUUACAGCCGCUGUUUACUAAUUCCCUUCGUGAAGUGUAGUUCUAGUGUGAGUGGGCCGGUUAGACUUCUAUCUUACCUAACAACAUUAAUGAUGGCAUUGCAUGGCAAAGUUGCACUUGUGACGGGUGCAGCACAAGGUUUGGGAAAAGGUUUCAGUGAAAUUCUUCUGCAAAACGGUGCUAAGGUUGCCCUGCUGGAUGUGAAUGAGAAAGGCGGAAAGGUUUUGAAGGCUGCCUUUGACAAAGAAUAUGGCCCGGACAGAACUCUUCUUCUGACCUGCACUGUUGAAUCAGAAGAACAACUUAAAGAUGCCUUUCAGAAAACUGUUGACACGUUUGGUGGUUUAGACAUCGUCUGCAACAAUGCUGGGAUUGUCAAUGAGAAUAACUGGGAGAAAUGUGUCUCCAUCAACCUGAAUGGAGUGGUGCGAGGAACUUAUCUGGCCCUCCAGCACAUGAAGAAGGAGAACGGAGGUCGGGGAGGGGUCAUCGUCAAUGUCUCGUCCUUGGCAGGUCUGGGUCCCCUGUUGACUGCUCCCAUCUACACAGCCACCAAACACGGUGUGGUGGGAUUCAGCCGAGCGAUGGCGGAUGCUUCUAGCGUGUGUGACUACGGCGUGCGCAUUAACAUGCUCUGCCCUUCGUUUGCCGACACCUCCCUCCUCACCUGCCUCACCUCGGAUGAGACAGCCGGGCAGUUCAUCAGUCUGAGAGGCGUAGCGGAGAAGAUGAAGGACCAGUUUGGCGUGCUCGAAGUCUCUGUGGUCGCCGAGAACUUCUUGAAGCUGGUAACGGAUGAGAGUCGGAACGGAGAGGCUCUGAUGGUUCAGAUGCAGGGAGCUUCCUAUGUGACAUUUCCCAAAAUGUCUGCCUAGCUGAUCAGUAGUCCCCCCCCAUCCUGAACCCCCCACAUCCCCUGUCUGCCUAGCUGAUCAGUAGUCCCCCCCCCCCCAUCCUGAACCCCCCACAUCCCCUGUCUGAAUUACGCUCUAUGGCUAAAACCGAAAUCGACCACUUGUCCCCUAAGAAGCUGUAGGUGAUUGUGGUGCCAUUCUGAUGCAGAUCUGAAAGAAUAACUUAUUUUAAAAUACGUUUUUGCGUGAAGACAGCCCCAGGCAUGUAAGGUAACAUCCUGAGAAAGUGUUAAGUCUCACUUUUAAAAUGUAGUCUGUUAAUUCAGGCCUAAAUAAUUGUUGGUGUCUUGUCCAACACUUAGACCAAAAACAUUUAAAUAAACUAAUUUUAAAACUGAUAAUUUGAACAUUAAGAAGGAUUAUGUCAUCCUUCUGACGAGUUUGAACUGGCCAGUCAGCAGUCUGGCUUUGAGGAUCUUCAGCGCUGACCUCACAUUAAUGCCUGUCUGUUUUUGAGGAAUGCUCCCAUCCUCCCUACAAGGGACAGCUGCUCUCUUAUUGUACCUCAUUUAAAAAUGCUGGAAGGAAAACGACUCCCUUUGUGCACAAAUCUGGUACCACCGGGCAUUAUGGGUGGCAGUUGUUAUAACUUUACAUGUUGCUUAAUUUCUGGUGUGUUUUUGUUAAGGAAUAAUGUAAGAAUGUCUUAAAUUUGUCUGUAGUAAUCAACGCAAUAAUCAGUUAAAAUGAUAUGUCCUCUGUUUUA